AUGGGGCGCUGGGCGCUGCUGCCCCGCUGGGUUUCCGCCGCGCUGCUGCUGGCGCUGGCCGCCCUGCCCGCAGCCCUGGCCGCCAACAGCAGUGGGCGAUGGUGGGGCAUCGUGAACGUGGCCUCCUCCACGAACCUGCUGACGGACUCCAAGAGCCUGCAGCUGGUGCUCGAGCCCAGUUUGCAGCUCUUGAGCCGCAAGCAGCGGCGGCUGAUCCGUCAGAACCCGGGCAUCCUGCACAGCGUGAGCGGUGGGCUGCAGAGCGCCGUGCGCGAGUGCAAGUGGCAGUUCCGGAACCGCCGCUGGAACUGCCCCACUGCUCCUGGGCCCCACCUCUUCGGCAAGAUCGUCAACCGAGGCUGUCGGGAAACGGCGUUCAUCUUCGCCAUCACCUCCGCCGGCGUCACCCACUCGGUGGCGCGCUCCUGCUCCGAGGGCUCCAUCGAGUCUUGCACGUGCGACUACCGGCGGCGCGGCCCCGGCGGCCCCGACUGGCACUGGGGGGGCUGCAGCGACAACAUCGACUUCGGCCGCCUCUUCGGCCGGGAGUUCGUGGACUCCGGGGAGAAGGGGCGGGACCUGCGCUUCCUCAUGAACCUGCACAACAACGAGGCGGGCCGCACGACCGUGUUCUCCGAGAUGCGCCAGGAGUGCAAGUGCCACGGGAUGUCCGGCUCGUGCACCGUGCGCACGUGCUGGAUGCGGCUGCCCACGCUGCGCGCCGUGGGCGACGUGCUGCGCGACCGCUUCGACGGCGCCUCCCGCGUGCUCUACGGCAACCGCGGCAGCAACCGGGCGUCGCGCGCCGAGCUGCUGCGCCUGGAGCCGGAGGAUCCCGCGCACAAGCCGCCCUCCCCGCACGACCUCGUCUACUUCGAGAAGUCGCCCAACUUCUGCACGUACAGCGGACGCCUGGGCACGGCGGGCACGGCGGGGCGCGUCUGCAACAGCUCGUCGCCCGCACUGGACGGCUGCGAGCUGCUCUGCUGUGGCCGGGGUCACCGCACGCGCACGCAGCGCGUCACUGAGCGUUGCAACUGCACCUUCCACUGGUGCUGCCACGUCAGCUGCCGCAACUGUACGCACACACGCGUGCUGCACGAGUGUCUGUGAGCCCCGGGCAGACUGGCCCCCAGGAGCGCGGUCCUCCUGUCCUCCCCAGACAGACUCGCUGGCACUGCGGACCCGUCCGUCCUGCACCCCAGAACCUCCAGCCACCCCGUCUCCCAUCUCGCCCACCUGCUCUUACCUGGGGGCUCCUCAGGCCACUUACCUGGGGCAGCGCGAACCUUCUGGCCACCCUGAUGGACCUAUCUUACCUACUUCCCUCCCUGUCCAAGGAGACCCCUUCUGGCACCGUCCCCUGCCUGGCCCAAGGUGAAAGAAGGCUCUGUCCCCCCUCAUCUGGGGUCAGCUGCGGACCCUGUGGUAGGGCUGGCUCCACCGCGCCAGCACCCGGGCUGCUCAGCCUCUGGCCUUGCCCUUUGUUGUCUAGUUCUCGGGUUCCCUGUCCAAGGUGCAGCCCCUAAACAUACGCUUGGGCAUCAUGGCCUUCUCCUCCCCACCCGCACUUGAAUCGAGAGGUUCUCGGGUGAAGGGGCAGUUGUGAUGAUGUGGAGAAUAAGUUUGGGGGGCCCAGCGGAAAAGCCCCCAUUCUCCCACCCUCGUGGUGGGGCCGUUGAACAGCUGUGAGCCAUGCCUGCCUUCACCACCUCCCACCCCUUCCUGUCUGCCUCCUCAUCAGUGUGUAAAUAAUUUGCACUGAAACGUGGGUACAAAGCCACGAGUUUGGUUGUUGUAAAUAAAACUAUUUAUUGUGCUGGGUUCCUGCCUGGUGUGCAAGACCACCUUCACCCCAACCAUAUCCCUCUCCGCUCUUCUCCCUUUUUGUUUCCAACCUUCUUUCUUGCCCCUAAUUUCUCAAAGAUGCCUUGCCUACCGGAAUCAGUACUUCCUUCCACUGUAGCUAUUAGUGGCUCCUCGCCCCCACCUGUGUAGUAUCUUCCU